CCGGCGGCUGCCGGGGAGCUGCGCAGCGCGGCUGACUCGGACGCGGACGAGCACGCCCGGCUCCCGCCGCCCGCCGCCAACAGAUGAACUGGUCGGUCGGCGGAAUGGCUCACUGGCAGCGGUGGGACACGUUCCGCCGCGCCCGCCGCUGGCAGCUGGCGAACCACGGCUGCGGCGUCCUCGUCGUCUGCGUUACCACCGCACUCUUUCUGCUCGGCUUGGUCGCCAGCUUAUCAGAUAAAGGCAGCGUCCUGUUUCUGACCUCCGGUCGGCCAGCGUCCCGGCUGCAGUCAGCCGCCGUAGAAGACAACGCGAACGAUAUUCACGGUAAGCUGGUGCUACCUCUCCGGAAACUGGUGGAGCCAGCUCUUCCAAGCCGGUCGUGGUUCUCCAACGACGCCUCGUGCGCACGGUUCACGACGCACUUCGCCCGCUCCGGUAGUCUACCGGCCGCGCGGCUGGCGUCCUUCUUCCGCUCCGGAAACACGUGGAGUCGCUACUUGCUGGAGGCUGCGACCGGGUUCUUCACGUGCGGCGCGACGUGGGAGGGCGAGAUGCUCAACAGCCCACCGACCGGCCGCCUGUCAUCCAUCGUCGAGCUGCGCAGUCAGCUGGCCAACUCGAGUGGCGCUGCGGGCGCCUCCCCCGAGCUGCGUGACUCCGGCUUCGCUGGAGAGGCGCUAUCGCCGAUGAGUCGCGCCUGCCUCGUGGGCAAGACGCACGCCUUCGCGCCUCACUGGCGCAGCGACGGCUCGACCGCGGCCGACGACGGCGGCGAGCGCUACCCGCUGCCGGCCGUGCUGCUCGUGCGCGACCCGUUCCGGGCGCUUAUCUCCCUGCGCCACUACCACGAGCGCUCGAGCGGGCUGGUCGCUCGCAGCCGCGCGACCGACGCUGCCUUCGCGGGCGGAAACUGGACCCGCUUUGUGGAGCGCUACAGCCAGUUCUGGUUCGAGCUGGCGGAAGACUGGGCCACAGGGCCUCGCGACACGUUGCUCGUGGCUUACGAGAGGCUGGAGGCCAACCCGGCGCACGAGCUGGACCGGAUGCUGCGCUUUCUCGGUGUGACCCCGUCGUUGGAGCGGCUUCGCUGCGUGCUGAAGCACGUGGAGGGUGGCUUCCACAACCGGGACCAUCCAAUCGUGCCGGACGACAAGGUGUACACCCGCCCGAUGAUGGAGGCCGUGUGGUGGCGCAUUCUGGAGCUCAACAAACUGCUCACGGCGCGCGGCUAUCGGCGGUUGCCCGUGGAGAAGUACGCGUUCUUCUAUGACGUCUGAUACGUGCGACGAUGCCUCGCCUGAGCGCAGGGCGUUCAGAAUCCAGCUGUUGCCCAGGAAUGUGCCCUAUCUGAUGUGUGUCAUACGCCUGCUGUCGCAUUUAUGAAAUUGUGGUGCGCAUGAUCCCAGCGGGCUCUCCAGCUAGACACUGAUGCGUUGCGUGGUGUUAGACGCUGUCUUCGGUGCCAGAAAUGUCCGGCCGUCAUCGCUGCCUGUUGGCUUGGGGUGCACCGACCAGUCUAGAUAAUGCACAGUAAAUGCUAACGACGGCAGCGAAAUCUUCUAAGUGAAAAUCUGAGCUUGACGGAGCGCGCCACGUGAUGACGCGAUUUAGGGAUGAUUUGGCAGCAAUUGACUCACAAUGGGCUCUAAUGCUGCGAUCAGCUUAAGGUUCAUUAGUGGUUCGUCACUGCCGGUGCGUGGAAUUGUACUAGCGCAUUUGCUUGCGAACGUAACUGCUAGUUGCGAGCGUCUUUUGGUGUCAUCGAGUAUUAGCGAUGAUGUUUUCGAAGACCUGCGAGGUGCAAUGAGAUGUGUGAUUUGCUCUAUGGCUUCCUGGUCUACCACUGACAGUUCCGUUGCUUCUGUCCGCCGGAACCAACUACGGCAGAUUGUCGGAACGGAUGUGCUCUAUUGUCACGCAGAACGAGCAAGUGCGUUCUGCAAAUUUGUUUACCUAUUCGUGAGCUGAAGAACGUAUAAAAUCCUUCAUCAGUCAUGUUGUAUACAAAACAUAAAUGUCCUGCUUUCAUGGUACAGCACUAGUGAAAGAGGCGAUGGAAAAGGAGUUUGUGUCCGUC